CAUGGAUGUAUGAGGUAGCUGUAUCAUGCGCUGGCCAAUGACAGAGCUUCCGAUUCUGAUCCUCGGCAAUCAUCCUGCCUCUAUCCCGAAAACACCGGCAGCCAAUUCUAAACUUGGUCACUCCAAGUCGUCCGCCGAAUAUCGAUAAUAAAGAGGAGCUCAAUUGGCCGCCAGGAAAUCGAUACAGAAUGGCAUCAAUCGUCCGCCCAGCCCUGCUCAGGCAGGCUGCCGCCACUGCUUCCAAAAUGUCGGUCGCACCGAGCCGGGCUGGUCCGUCUCUGGUCUGCAAGGCCGCCCUGCAGCGUGGAAUCCGGCAGAGCGUCGUCGCCAACGCGGCGCGGGUCACAUCCUUCCAUACCACAAGCCGGAGGUCUAUCCUGCCCCCUCUUCCUCAACGAGUCCAAGGCGGAGUCAACGACCCGACGCCCGUCCCCGCCCCGUCCCCCUCGCACGGCUCCUACCACUGGACGUUUGAGCGCCUCGUCGCGGCCGGGCUCGUGCCCCUCACCCUCACCCCCUUCGCGGCCGGGUCGCUGAACCCGAGCCUGGACGCCCUGCUGUGCGCCAUGAUCCUGGUCCACUCCCACCUCGGCUUCCAGGCCAUCAUCAUCGACUACGUCCCGACGAACCGCAUGCCCAGGGUCCGGAAGGCCUUCAUGUGGGGGCUGAACGCCGUCACCGCCCUGGUCGCCCUUGGCCUGUACGAGUUUGAGACGACGGAUGUGGGCGUGACCGAGGCUAUUUCGAGGCUCUGGCACGCAUGAGGGGUUGGUUGCGUGGGGUGGAGGAGAAUGGCUGGGCAAAGUUGACCUACGAAUGGAUGGGCUUAUGACUCCCGUUUGGUCGAGGAUUGUGAAGUCUUGUAUGGCAGCCGUAAUGGCCCAUUGUUAAAGUAAGAUACAUAAGUUGGGGUUGGUCAACUGGAUUAACUCGCGCUUUGCAAUUCCCGCUGGAUUCCUUAUUUGGUUGGUGAACGAAUGUAUGAUUGCCAUGUAAAGCCAGAUAGAGAAGGAACUCCCGAUUCCAAGGUACUCCGGGCAUUGACCCAACCAAUGCUGAUAUAGCAGCUAUAA